UUUUCUAUGCCCUCCAAAAAAAAGAGUGCAGUUGCAAACGGCACAUGUGACUACUAAUAGGCAAAACACAUACAGUACAGUUGCACAGCCCAGCUUCCUGCUUACAUUUCUCUGUAUGGUGAAGUUACUGCGAGCAGAAAAAAAGGAAGAACUGGCUAGAUGUAAUCGCGGAUGUGGCUUACUGUUCUCUCUGUGCUGAACACCCAGGACAACCAUGAACCCAGAGGAGCAAACUGUCACAUGGCUUAUCUCCCUGGGGGUGCUAAGUUCCCCCAAGAAGACCAUCUGUGACCCAGAAGAGUUUUUAAAAAGUUCCCUUAGAGAUGGGGUAGUAUUGUGCAAGCUGAUGAGCAGGCUCCUUCCAGGUUCCGUGGAGAAGUAUUGUUCAGAUCCGAAGAGUGAAACUGAUUGCCUUGAAAAUAUUAAAGAGUUUCUGAAAGCAUGUGCCUCACUCCAAAUAGAGCUUUUUAAUGUGAAUGAUCUUUAUGCCAAUGAGAACUUCCCGAAAGUACUAAGUACUCUGACCUCUGUCAACAAAGCUACUGAAGAUCAGACAUCACGAAAAAGAUGUUCACGUACGCUAUCUCAGUCGCAUAACUUUGCAGCCUGCUCUCUGACAAAUUCCCAAGGAACAGAUAGCUCAGCGAGAGGAAAGAAAAGGAACUCAAAAGCUGGGGACAUGACAGGGAAUGGAAGUUGCCAGAUGGUGGUGAAAGCAAGGUUUAAUUUCAAGCAGCAAAAUGAAGAUGAACUUUCAUUUUGUAAAGGAGAUACAAUCCAUGUCAUCCGCGUAGAAGAAGGAGGCUGGUGGGAAGGCACACUGAAUGGAAAAAUAGGCUGGUUCCCCAGCAAUUAUGUGAAAGAAGUUAAACCUACUGAUAAACCACUAUCUCCGAAGGCCUUAAAAGGUUGUGAAACAGGACAACUAACAAAGAAUUAUUACAAUGUGGUGCUGCAAAAUAUUCUUGAAACAGAGCAAAACUAUGCUAAAGAACUUCAGUCACUACUUUCGGCAUACCUCAGACCGCUUCAAUCACAUGACAAGAUAAGUGCUUUGGAUAUCGGUUCCCUGCUAGGAAACUUUGAAGAAAUAUGCAUAUUUCAGCAAACGUUAUGCCAGAGUUUAGAAGAAUGUGCAAAGCUGCCAGAAAAUCAACAAAAACUGGGAGGCUGUUUUUUGACCCUUUUUAAUCAGUUUAGAUCCUUAUACUUGACGUAUUGCGCUAAUCACCCCACAGCUGUUAAUGUUCUUACACAGCAGAGUGAUGAGCUGGAGAAGUUUAUGGAGACUCAGGGAGCAGCAAGUCCUGGAAUUUUGAUGCUUACUACAAGUCUGAGUAAACCAUUUGUAAGACUGGACAAAUAUGUUACUCUUCUGCAGGAACUAGAAAGACAUAUGGAGGAAGCACAUCCAGAUCACAAAGACAUUCUCAAAGCGAUAGCAUCCUUUAAGGCGCUUGUGGCGCAAUGUCAGGAUCUGAGGAAGAGAAAGCAGCUUGAGCUCCAGAUUCUUUCAGAGCCCAUCCAAGGAUGGGAAGGGGACGAUAUUAAAACAAUGGGCAGUGCCGUCUUCAUGUCUCAUGUCUAUGUGCAGUAUGGGAGAAAUGAGGAGAAAGAGGAGAGAUAUUUUAUGCUGUUUCCAAGUGCACUUUUAAUGUUGUGUGCAAGUCCUCGGAUGAGUGGAUUCAUUUAUCAGGGAAAAUUACCUUUGACUGGAAUGUCAAUAAUUAAGCUAGAGGAAAAUGACAUAAUUAAUCAUGCUUUUGAAAUCACAGGCAACAUGAUUGAGCGUAUUGUGGUACACUGUGACAACAGCCAAGAUUGUCAAGAAUGGCUUGAUCACCUUUAUCGACUCACCAAAGCACCUGGGUUCCACACCCCACUGUGUAAAACACAGUCUUGGACAGGAUACACUCUUUCAGAAGGAAAGCUGCCACCUCAUCCUCAUUAUUCACUGUCAUCCCUUUCUCGAGGACCUUUGGAACCGGCUAAAAUCAAUAAAACAUGGAGCUUAAGUUGUUUGCGACCUGCUCCUCCACUUAGACCUUCAGCUGCUUUAGGUUAUAAAGAGAGGAUGUCUUAUAUCCUUAAGCAGGAUUCUACCAAGAGCCCAAAAACUGUAAAGAAAUUUCUACAGAAAAGAAAACCUGAAAGGAAAACUUCUGAUGAAGACUCUAUUUUUAGGAAAAGCACAGUUGCUUUGGAAGAAGAUGCACAAAUUCUCAAAGUAAUUGAGGCAUAUUGUACUGGUGCAGGCUUCCAGCAAAACCUUAGUUCCGGCAACCGCAAAGAUUCUACACCACAAGUAAUGCUACUAGAAGAGGAAAAUGUAAUACUUGAUGAAAUACAGAGCAAUGGCCAAACUGGAACAGAAGAAAAGAGUCUUGUAGACACCGUCUAUGCAUUAAGAGAUGAGGUCAAAGAAUUGAAACAGGAAAAUAAAAGAAUGAAGCAAAGUUUAGAUGAAGAACAGAAGUCAAGAAAGGAAUUAGAAAAACUGGUUAGAAAGAUGCUGAAACAAACCAGCGACUGUAUGCGAGAGGAUCCAUCUCAGUAGUCCAUACUUACUGAAUUUCCUUUUUUUAGUCUGGUACCACAAGAGGUUGUGUUUAAGAGUCAAGCAAUUGUCACUUGAUGACCAUGUGCAAUACAUAAAGGGGUUCAUGCUUAAGUUUGUUUAAGAACCAUUUUGUGAGAUCUUUGAGCUGUAUUAUUUUUCCAGCAGCCUUGUUAUACUGUAUGUGCUUUGAGGCUUUAAUGUAAUACAUGUCAAUAUAUCAACAUAUCAAACAUGGCAUAACUCAGAUCAUAUUGGACAUCUGUCUAAAAAAGGGUUGAGUACAAACAUUUGGAAACUUCCAAUAAUUCAGGAUUAUAGUUAUUUGACAAGUUAAUGAAAAAUUUCUGAACCCAAUAAUACCAUAGAAAAUGUAUUAAUUUAGGGUCCAAAGUGACAAUAUAUUGACUGUUAAGUUUAUUGAUGGCAUCCAUAAUCUCUGUUACAAUGAAAAAUAUAUAGUUAAAUCAAUGAUGGUAAUUGGUCUGCAUAGGAAAGAUACUGAUUUUGCAUUGCAUAGGACAUAACAGCCUUUUUAUUACUCAAUCUUCUGUUUUCAUUGUAAGUCAUAUAUUUCUUGUAAGAGAAGGAUGCAAUAACCAGUGUGGAAAUUGUCAUUGAAUUGUGAAGGUUAUUUUCAUUCAUGCGUAAUGAAAUAUGUUCUAUAAACAACUUCCUAGUUCUGUCUGAUAUUAGCAUAAAUAACAUCACUUACUCAUCCAGGUUACUAGUGUAACAGAAGGAAUCAAACCGUUUCUUUUUUGUUACCAAACUGAGCAUUCUUGGCUCAGUUUGCACUGCACCUUGCUGUCUGCCGCUUGCUA